AUGGCCGACCUCGCAACUUGGGCCUUGCCUCGGCUCAGCCAACUCCUCCCGCUGGAUGAGGAAUCUUUAAAGCAGAUCGUCGACUAUUCAGCAGGCCUCGCCAAAGAUGACUGUGCCGAUCAUCUCAAAAAUCUUCUCGGCGACUCCCCCGCAGCCCUGGAAUUCAUCACCUCAUUCAAUGCACGUCGUGAUACGCGGUCGGCGACUCCCUAUACCCCCAACGCGCUACCUGUUAAACAUGAUCGUCCCCGGGGCAGAAACAAAAAGGAAAAGAAACCGCUGCACAGCGCUGGUCCGCCACGCCGUCCAGACAACUACGGCAAUAUAAGAGGAGCGUACAUGAAGGCAGAGAAGGUGGAAGACUACAUGUCUGCCAGCAAGCCCCCCUUGUCAGUACCAACGCCCGAGGCCUCUGUGUCUGGCUCGUCCGCGCCAUCGCGCAACCAGUCGCCGAUACCUACCUCUUCAAAACAUCCCCCGUCAGCUUCUGGCCCGGUGCUGUCAGAUAUGCUGCCAAAUGUGCGGUCCAAACCGAGCAAAACAACUCGAAAGACCGGCAACGCCAAACCUUCUAAGGGAAGCGAAUCUCUCACAACCAACAAUAUUUCCGACCUGACGGCCGCCAUCGCUGCCCUGGAGGUGUCUACCAACCCUGGCCUGAGCACGGAGAGACGAAAAUGUACGUGUUAUGCGUCGAUCCACCCGUUAUUCGAACCUGCUCCAAACUGUCUCAACUGCGGAAAAAUAAUCUGCGCACUGGAAGGGUUGCAACCAUGCUCCUUCUGCGGCACAUCGCUUUUAUCCGCCGAAGAAGUGCAAAGUAUGAUCCGAGAACUUCGAAAUGAGCGUGGCCAAGAGAAAAUGCGCGCUCACAACGAAGGCGUUCACCACGAGGGUGGACCGCGACCACUCUCUGGUUCUGAAUCGGUGACUUCUAGCAAACUUGACGCCGCCAGAGCCCACCGCGAUAAAUUGCUUAACUUCCAAGCGCAAAAUGCUCAGCGAACCAAAGUGGUCGACGAAGCGGCCGACUUUGAAACCCCCAAUACCGCCACGACGCUGUGGAUGAGCCCAGCACAGCGGGCACUCGCACUGAAAAAGCAGCAGCGCAUUCAGCGCGAGCUGGAAGCAAAGGCCCGUCCGGAGUGGGAAAAGAAGAAGACCGUGAUGAGUCUUGAUAUCAAGGGUGGAAAAGUGCGACGGGUCUAUCAAUCUGCGGCUGUGGAGUCAACACCGGAGCCCAAUGAGCCGGACCUGCUGGAUGCAGAUACACAAGAGCCCUCAGAGUCUUCUGGCCGGCAUGCAUUUAGUAGGAAUCCGCUUCUUGCGGCUGGUGGUUUAAUGCGACCCGUAUGGCACGCUCCAGAUGGCAAGACUGUUGAGAAAUUUGCGAGAGCGGAGCCGAAACAGACUUGGCGGCGUGUCCAGGAUGACAAUGAUGACAAUGAAUCUUGGAUUUUAGACGGCGGGUUACAUGGACAUGACACAUGA